CUGAUCCAAGAAAAAUUCAGACCAUUGCUGCCUUUUACGCUGCUACAGGCUGCAGCUCACACAGAUCACAAUCCACAAGGACAGACAGACAGCCAAUCCAUCGUCUUCCUCGCGAGCAUGGCCAUGAUUGGAAGCGAGCAUGGCCCCAAGCUCAGCUGAGCACACACAGUGUCAGUACACACACUAGCUUCUCUCACCGGCUCUCCGCCAUCUUCUCGUCCUGUAUGUGUAGUUUAAUGGCGAAAGAUUCUGACAGCCAAGCUUUUAGCUCGUACUCGUAGCUCGUAGCUCGGGAAUUUAGGAUCCCCACCUCCACGUUCCUUCCUCCCGAUCCUCCUCUCCUCGCUCACAUCACAUCACAUGCCGGCCCGGCUCGCCAUUGAUCACCUCUCGUGUUGACUGAGAAGCGUUUGUACUGUGUGGUGGUUGGUGAUUGGGUGUUGUGCCGGUCAUCUUCUCCCUCGCCGGCGAGCGCUUAUAUAGUCGUCCCUGCUUCUGCUGCUGUCGUGUGAGCGAGCGAUCUUGGUGAGGUUUUCUCUUGGCGAUGGGGAAGGCGGGGAGGUGGCUGAGGAGCUUCUUGGCGGGGAAGAAGGAUGGGGGUGGGAGGAGAUCAGGGGAGAGGCAGCAGCACGGCGGCGGCGACGCGACGCCGGCGGUGGAGGUGGCGGCGGCGAGUACCAGGGAGAAGAAGCGGUGGAGCUUCCGGCGGUCGUCUGCGUCGGCGUCGGCGGCGGCGAUGGGGAAGCCGGCCGCGGUCACGGCGCCGUCGACGCCGGAGCCGAGCGUGUCCGGGCUCGCGUCGGUGUCGGAGCGGGCGCGCGACGUCGCUGAUCUCGAGGGGCAGAGCAAGCACGCCAUGGCGGUCGCCGCCGUGGCGACCGCGGCGGAGGGUGACGACGUGUCGGCGAGCGCCGUCGAGGUGGUCGCCGCCGUCAUGAUCCAGGCCACCUACAGAGGCUACCUGGCGAGGAAGGCGCUGUGCGCGCUGAGGGGGCUCGUGAAGCUGCAAGCGCUGAUCAGAGGCAACCUCGUGAGGAAGCAGGCCACCGCCACGCUCCGCCGCAUGCAGGCGCUGCUCGUCGCGCAGGCCCGCCUCCGCGCACAACGCAUGCGCAUGCUCGAGGAGGAAGAAGACGACGACGUCCAUGGCCACGGCCACCACCACCACCGCCGGUCAUCGCCGCACCACCCCCGGCACCGCCGCUCCUACGUAAGCCGCGCGCGCCUCCCCUCGCGCCGCCGUGGAAACUUUUCUUAUGUACACGCUUUGCAGGAGAUGGACAGGUCGGGCGAGGAGCAGGCCAAGAUCGUGGAGGUGGACGUGGGUGAGCCGGCGCCGCCGCGGCGGGGGCGGAGCAGCUGCUCGGUGGCGGCGAGCGAGUCGAGGGAACGGCGGAUGGCGGAGUACGGCUACUACGCGCAGUGCUCCCCCGCGCCGUCGUCGUCGGCGUUCACGGCGGCGGCCGCGGCGAGCCCGCCGCGCGACGCGUCGUACAGCGGCCACUUCGACGACUUCUCGCCGUUCGAGCCGGCCACCGCGCGGAGCAGCCCGUACAUUCCGCCAUCCCCCGGCGGCGGCGGCGGCGGCGGCGGCGGCGAGUUCUUCCCCAACUACAUGGCCAACACGCAGUCCUCCCGCGCCAAGGCGCGUUCCCAGAGCGCGCCGAGGCAGCGCACCGAGCCUCACCUCCCGCAGCCGCCGCCGCCGCCGCCGCACUUCGAGCGGCAGCCCAGCCGCCGCCGCGGCGGCGGCGUGCCGAGGAGCGUCAAGAUGCAGCGUUCGUCGUCGCACGUCGGCGUUCCGGCGGCGCACGGCUACCACCACCACCACCUCUACAGCUACGGGCAGUAUCCAUGGUCGGUGAAGCAGCUGGACAGAUCGAGCGCGUCGCUCAAGGACAGCGAGUGCGGGUCGACGACGAGCUCCGUCCUCACCGCCGCCACCACCGUCGGCUACUGCCGCUCCCUCGUCGGCUUAGACCUCCACAGGGGCCACUACUGAUCGACCAAACACUUGCUCGCUCGCCGAUUUCCGUCAAAGUUUGUAUAAAUUUCAAUCAAUUUCGAGUUGUUUUUUGAGCAAAUUCUUGUCAAACGAUUCCGUGUUCCAACUGUUGAUAGAGAUGUGAGCAACACAACGUGUGAUCUCGAUCGAUGUAAUGCGUGGAUGAUUUGUACGAUAAUGGGCAGUGCAUGUGAGAGAUUCGAACUGAAUCUGUACAUGAUUUUUUUUUCUCUGAUGAAUGAUGGAAGAAGGACAAAUGAAAAUUAACGA